UGGAUCGCAUCUGUUUAAUUCAAUUCCAGAAUAUCUAUAAUGUAUUAUCUUUGGUUCUGCCUCAAUCAUCUUUAUUUUGACUUUGAAUGCAGACAGGCAGUGGCCCCUACGGGCAAUCAUACGGAGAGCAGAUAUUAUGUGGAAUUGUGCAGAUCUUAAAUACUGUGAAAUUACUGUGUAGUCCAUUCUGAAAGAAACAGAAUGUCACAUUAUGCAAGAUCCGUUCUCUACAAGUCUAUUUUUCGGUUAUUUGCUGUAAGAAUGGCAAUGUGUGUGUGAUCACCCAUCUAACAUAGAGAUCACAGGCUACAGUAUCAGAAAUAACAUCUGCACAUAGAGAAACUGUGCUCUCUGGUUUUAAUUAAAUCCGCUCCAUGUGAUAUUUGAGAGUGCAAACCCCAUCCAGCUAUUUCGUUUGAUUCAGUGCAUUUUGGGAGCAUAUCGGUAGAAUAAAAUGCCACUUCAAGUUCUCUGAUGAGUUCCUUAUUUGCCUUUUCCUUCCUGGUCUGGGGAGCAACGCAAGAUGGGAAACCUCUCGAAUCUCUACGUGCUCAGUGGGACCCUCGAAUGAACAGCGACAGUGCUGAAGACACCGCUGUCUGCCGCUGUUCCGCUCUUCCGCUGUCCGUGGUCCUGAAGUAGAGUGCGUCGUCUUGCUCACAAGGGUCAUGAGAAGCGCCGCUGUUCCUGCAUGCUCCUCUUCACAACAUUGUCCGUAUAGGCGGAGGACUUGAUUCGGCGCUUUUUCGCCUCAACUUAUUCAACUAACGAGCAUCAAGCUAUGAUUGUUACUAUGUUCUCAACUUCUUCCCGGUGAGUGCGCACGGAAAAGUCUGGAAGAUAAAACGUAUAUUUAGGCUAAUAUUUAACUUUCCCUCGCGAAAAAGAGAUGUUAGGUGUAAAUGUCGUUUCUUUUAGAUAUUUGUUCUCCUCUUAAAGUUGAAUCUUCCGGAUCUCUGGUCUAUUAUCUUUCCCAUUGCCAUGCACGCGCUGCUGGAUGUAUGCAACAAGACCAAAUGGUGUUUUUGAUCUGCAGCAAUUGGAAGUUGAUUGAAAUGAAUCUCACUGCCGUGGACGUCUAGGAUCAGCCUAUUGACAACAAUAGAGGGAAUUAUCAUUUUUCGAGUCUUAUUUUUCACACGUGAACUGCCUAGUGUGGUGUUGUUAUCUUAAUCUCUGGGAAAUAAGGGAUAAUCAUGUAUCAGACCGAUUUGUGUGUGCAUAUCACAUCGCUCGCGCUGCUCCAAAGGCAUCGGUACCGACAAUGGUCUAGUAUCUAACUGCUUUUACGCACAACAAUAGCAACUGAAGGGGGAUUAUCUUUUUAUCUGGAGCCUGGUGGUUUUAUCGAAUUGUUCAUCUGGAAGUUGUUGUGUCCUGUGUUUAAUCCGUUCUACCGGUUUGGAUCUCUGUUGAUCCCGACUCCUACCAGUGGAACCAGGCAUUUCAACGCGGAAUACCGCGGCGAAUGAUGGGCCCUCUCUUUCCAAUGACCUGCGUUGUCCUCCUCGCCCUCCACGCCAGUGUGUCACCAGCCUCCUUCAGUCCCGAGGAUUACGCCGCGGACGAGGCGGAGUUAACUGCCAACAGCGACACCAUCAUUUUCGACGACUACCGGGGGAAAGUUUGCGUGGACGACAGUGGCUUCGUUUACAAACUGGGGGAACGUUUCUUCCCGGGACACUCGAACUGCCCGUGCGUUUGCACCGAGGACGGGCCGGUGUGCGACCAGCCAGAGUGCCCCAAGAUACACCCGAAGUGCACAAAAGUGGAGCACAAUGGAUGUUGUCCGGAAUGCAAGGAGGUUAAAAACUUUUGUGAAUACCGGGGGAAAACUUACAAGAUCCUGGAGGAAUUUAAGGGUUCCCCGUCCGACGAGGAAGGGACCAGUCCGCCCGUCGUGGCUCCCGCCUUCGCGCCUGUACUACCCCCGGCCCUUCCCCCAGCCUCAGCCCCAGACUCUGCAGCGCAGCUCCAAUCAAGAACCAGGAGAUAUAGGCCUUCGCCUUGUGAGUGGUGUCGCUGUGAACCAAAUAACGAGGUGCACUGUGUGGUCUCUGACUGUGCCGUCCCAGAGUGUGUCAACCCAGUCUACGAGCCAGAACAGUGCUGUCCCAUCUGUAAAAACGGUCCAAAUUGCUUUGCCGGAACGACGAUCAUCCCCGCCGGUAUUGAAGUGAAGGUGGACGACUGCACCAUCUGCCGCUGUCACAAUGGGGACUGGUGGAAGCCAGCACAGUGCCUGCGCCGGGAGUGCCUCAAUGGCCAGACGUUGUCAUAGAAACCCUGGCCGGGACGGUGUCGGUGAUGUGCGGUCAGGGAGUGGUCCUGCCUGCUGCUGUGGCAAACCAACAUCUUGUGUUAUUGAUAUGAUAUGAUGGACAGGACAGGAGCCCAAUUCCUUGGCAACUUUGGCUAGGAGACUGCAUAACUAGCUGAAAUGAAAAGCUCUUGUACACAGUACCAACACACCACCACAACCACAACUUUAAACACAGAGGAGAGCAGGAACUUUUAUUGAGACUGUUUUUUUCCUGUUUUGACUGUCUGACUAUAUAUAUUUUCUGAUAAUUACUUCUUGCUUGUGCUGCUUAUAAACACAAUAUAUUUCAUGAACUAAUUUCCUCCUAACCGUUGGCACUGUUAAAAUGCUCAGUUGUUUUCUGUAAGUCUGUAAGCUUGUUGUAGCUCUCACUCACUUACAGGUGUUUUGAAAAUGAGAUCUAGGAGGGUUUAACAGGACACAAUGACCGGACAACCAGUAAGCACACAAUUCAUGGCGCUUUUAGAAAAAAAUGGGUCUGGGGUUUAAAUCGAAUAAGUGAGAUGUCUUCAUCACGCCGCUCCAGUAUGAUUUACAAUGGUCACCCAAGGAUAUGACUCACAGCUCUUGGCUUCUCACUUCUUGUAUGAUCUCUGUAUGAGUCAAUAAGAAAAGUUCACUCUUUGGGAUGGGGUCACUGAAAUGAAUGACGUACAAUGUCAGCCUCCUGAUGUGUCAUCUGGACUGGCAAAAGCAUAACCACAAACAUAUUACAGUAUUUACAACACAGAAUAUUACUGAUCAGACUGUCUUUGAGGUGCUCUUCUCUGCAUGGGGAGAAUGGAGGCCAGUUUUAUCCAAUUUAUCCAACCGAUACAUUAGUAAGUGAUAAAUCACUGGAAAAAGUAGAAAAGGGAACCAACUUUACUUACUACAGGAGUUGAAAUAAGGUCUUUAGUUAGAAGCCAUGCAACCCAUAACAGAGGGGGUAAAAACUGCUCAAGCAUCAAUACACUACCGGGGCCAUUCCUCUUGGCUUAAUUGCCUUUAUUGUUUUCCCUGAUGGCCCAAACCAACAAAAAAUAUUCCUCAGAGCGAACAGCUUGAACUUGUUAUCUAAGCAAUUAGCGAGCCAAGCAGCGGCCUGCUUUAAUUUCCCUUAAUCAAGGAGUAUUCAGGCCGGGCCUCUCUGCUCUCAGCAGUAUGCCGCCCGCCUUUCGUCUGUAGGCAGAAGCCAAGCACCCAGCACACUCGGCAAGAACUCAGAGAGACAAAGGGGAAAUCUGCAUAUGUCUUCUUGAUGCUUCAAAGCAAAGGACCACUCAGACACUCACACAUAUGCACACACACACACACAUACUUGUACACAUACCCUUUCGUCCUCCAUAGGCCCAUACACACAGCUUGCACAGUACUGGUAAUUCAUUUUCACCUUAAAACAUAUUGAUACAUUGUACCCCAAGAAGAAGCACUUAAGCCAAUAAGGCUCUCGCUGAGAUAAAAAAAAAACUCCUAUCCUCCCGUUUUUAGAUUACACAAUAGAUUAUGUUUGAGCUAAUGCAUUGCCUAUAGAUUCCUAUUGGUUUCAGCAUCACACUCCAACCUGUGUAGCGUGCACAACACACACUCUCUUUCUUUUUAAAAUGAUGAAUACUAGUCAUUAAUUCGAAGGCGAAUUUCCCACUAAGCACAUGCAAUUCAUCACUGAUACUUUUUGUGUGUGUUUCAGUGAGAAUCCAUUCCUGUUAACCUUUUAGAAGCUAUUCCUCCUGUUUGAUGGAUGAACUACUUAAUAACGCCUUCCAGCUCCUGGUAAUGAGACAGAAAUGAACACAGGAGACCCCUGACUAGAGGUGGCGGAAUAGAAUAUCACAUAGUGUACAUCCCAAAUGGCAUCCCAUUUCCUUUGGGCCCUGGUCAAAACUAGUGCACUAUAGAGGGAAUAGGGUCCCAUUUGGGACACAACCAACAUAUACAUUACCUAACGAGCCGACCCUCCCAAACAUAUCUCUUUCUGCACUGCAGCCACUGUAUUGUAGACUACAUUCUGUUCUACUCAGCUGCCUGCAGUCUUAUUAUUGAAUGAUGGGGAAUUCAAAAGAUGAACGAAUGAGGGAAGGGGACUUAAAUUUAGAUUGCAUCAUUAUGGUUAGAGUUGCUCAAGUCAUUUUUAUCACGACCUUGUCUUGUGAUGAAUGAGUCAUUCAUAAUGAGAAGAGAGACUCCAUUUCUCAAGACAGAAUACCUACACAGACAAUACACAUCACUCUACAGGUCCAUACAUUGUAUGAGACUCCAUGACACCUUUAUCAGUCAUCUCUUUUAAUUAGGUCUAUCAUAGGUCUGAUAUCUGGGAUUUUUACUUCAGUGGGUCAUUCAUUUUUAUGACUGGAUAUAGAUUGUUUUGUCCUCCUUUAUUAUUUUGUGCAUCUUGUAUAGAACUAGGCUGCUAGCUAUCUUUUAAUUUCUCGCCUGUUUUUUAGCCCUUUUAUCUUUUAAUGGUUGCUCUCAAUGUAAAGAGCUUCAUGAUUUACUUUUGUAAACGAAAAGCACUCUACAAAUGCAAUUUAUUAUUAUCAUCAUUAUAACAAUGCACAUACAGUAUAUGGCUCUGGGGAUAGGGAAGGGAUCCUCGAAGGGUAGUGUGGGUUGUAGCGUCAGCUAACCUGUGAUCCCUUAGUACCUCCCUCAAGCUCAUGCAGAGCAGACCCUCCUGUCUUAGAUCAUGUUGAAAUUACCCCUCUCACAUUGAUAACCACUCAUUAUGAUACUUUCUCUCUAUUGACGUUGACAUUUUUGUUUGUCUCGUGAACAUUUAUGCAAUGAUGGAAGGAAUGUCUUAUUAGAGUAAUGCAGAGGGACACAUUCAAGAAGGUUAAUAAGGCAGUUGUCUCGUAAUGUUUUUAACACCAGUUACCACACAAAUUCUUAAACGGAUUAAUACAGGGAGCUUUCAAAGUGGUCCAACUGUAAAGUGACCUUCCAGUUUGGUAGGAAAAUAUUCUGAAGUGUGCAGUAGAUUUUGAAUCCAUCUCUGAGACCCCAGCUGGAGUGAAGAAUUAGCCUUAUUGAGUAAUAGUUAAACAAAUGUAUCAAAAGAUCGUCUGAGGGAGCAGUCAAUAUCCCUGUUCAUUUUCUGUUCACAAAAGAGUCUGGUCUUUUGUGUGUCUGGCCUUGAAAGUCUAGCCUACUGCUCAUGCACUCACUAGCCUGGCAACCCACUCCAAACACUGCUCAUUCACCACCUGUAGCCAUGCUGUAAAGGUGUACCAUACCAUUGCUCUUUUCAUGAGACACCGACUUAUUGUAGCUGGACGCUAUGAAAGAUUGUUCUAUUGCUUUUUUUUUUUUUACAGAAACUCUUACAUAAAGUGUGCCUGAAAACCAACAGAGUACUAUCUAAUAUGGAGAGAAAAAUACUUAUUAAACAAUCAAACUGCAUUAUUACAUGGGCACUGUGGGUUAGUCCUAAAGAUUAUACAAAUAUUAACUCCUACUGUUAUAAUUUAAUGUUAUAUUGAAUUAGAGCCAGAAAUUAUAAUAAUAAAAUAAAGACAGGGUUUGGUUGGAAGUACCAAGACACACAAACACACACCCACCUCUACACCAUAGCUUAGAAGACAUAGUGGGUACAUCUAACCAAACACUCCAGAUGUUUAUUCCAAAUGAAAUGAAACAACCCUUGGUGCCCUUCAUGGUGUAUAAUAACUUGUAAAUACCUUCAAAAUGUAUAAUGUGUGUUCUGGAAAUCAAAGGUGGAGAAAAGAAAUUGUGUAUUAUUUAUGAAGACAAAAACUAUUUUGUUAAAGACUGAAAAAUAAGUGUUAUUAUACA